AAUUCGUCAGCUGUGAACUGUCACUUUCUCUUUGGGUUCAGGCCUGUAUUUCUGUCGGCCGUGGUUUAAAGAGUUUCCAAUUUUUGUGAAGUAAAAUUUAGUGUUUAAAAUUUUUACCUGUCAAAACAUACAAAAUCUGAUGUCAAACCAGUAUAUAGACUUUUGUCAGACUCAGGUUAAAUAAGUUAAAUCGUAGUUUUGUUGCAUAUGCAAACAGUAACUGAUAUAUUUACUUAAUUGGAGGCAAAACAAUUUGCAAAUUUUGUUACGAAUCAAAUCAAUAAAUAUUUAAUUUUGGUGGUAUAAUUUUGUUAGACGAAGUUAUUCUAGGAUAAAUGGCUUCUGAUUCAGAUAUUUGGGAUGACACAUUAUUAAUAAAGGCUUAUGAUAAUUCUGCCAAACUUGCUAAAUCGGAAAUAGCCAAGAGAAUAGCAUCUGCCACAAACUCAAGCGAUAGAAACUCUAAACAAAACCAACCAAAUCAAUCUGCGGAAUGUGUUAGCUAUAACAUUGGCGAUUAUGUACGAGCUACUUAUGAAGAUGAAAUGGAUUAUGAAGCUAAAAUUAUUGCUAUUGAUAGAGAAACAAAAAAAUGCACCAUUAGAUAUAUAGGAUAUGAUAAUGAACAAGAUGUGAGCAUAUGUGAUUUAGUGCCCUCUUGGGGGAAAAAAGCUCGGAAAAUCCAAUUUGCCAAAGCUAAAAACGACAAAGGUCACAGGAAAAAGGAAAGAAUAAACGUUUCUUUGCCAAAUUACAACCUACCACCUCCACCUCCAAUACCCCCAAUGCUUAAUGAACUUAAUGAAGAUUCUGAAAACAUUUCAGCCAUGUUAAUGUCUUGGUAUAUGAGUGGUUAUUACACAGGAUUAUAUCAAGGUCAAAAAAUGGUGAAAUCAAAACUAAAACAUAAGAAACCACAUGAAAUUGUGUAAAAUCGUCGUCGAAUUAUUUUCUUCAUAUUUAUGCAAAGUCAACUUAAAAUUAUCAAUGUAAACUCAAUUACAUACUUAAGCAAAUAAAUAUAAAACACUCAUUGAUAUAAAAUUUUUACAUCUAAUUUUUUUUCACUGGAUGC